ACGCUGGCAAGAUAUUAUUAUUCUGUGUUCUGUACUUCUUCGAUUUUGAUGGCAAGAGUUGUCCGCAAUGAUCAGAUGCCACUUGUUGAGCUACACAUCACAAAUAUGCUAUCGCGAUCUUUGUCUGGAGUUCUUCGGCAAAUGAAGCCUUCGCCGUGUAUCAGAAUCACCACGUUGCCCAGUUGAAACGAACGCCAAUUAUGCAUCAUAGCACAACACACCGACGAGGACCAACCACUUUGAAGACCGUGCAAGUGCCAGUCUUCUCAUCGCGCGAUAAGUGUACUCACUAAGCUGGUUUAGCUUCGUCCCGCCAUCUGUCCUUUGCAACAACUGGGAUCCUCCAAGCUCUGGGAGUACUGCUGGCAGCUGGACUCGACAUUCUUUCGUCAUUCCUUACCUCACUAUUUCAUCUGUCUCUUUUGUGUAAUCCGGACGCGUAUUCGUGGCUUCUAGGGAAUGACCUUGUCUGGUACAAAUUUGUUGUGACCGCUGGAUUGGUCGGGGCUGCUGUCGCGCUGCUUUUCCGAGUUUUAUUAUUGAUUUCAUUCGUUCGAUAUAGCUAGACGCUUAUUUUUUCCUUUGUUCAUGUCCGAUUUCUUCUGCAUUUUAGGAGAAGAGCAUUGUAUGUUACAAGACUGAAAUUUUGGAGCGCAUACGUUUGUAUACCACCACAUAGUUAACAUUUAGGAAGAAACGAGCAAAGAUGACGGAGCAAACUUCCGUCGCGGACCUGGUGGUCCAGAUGCACGAUAAUAUGGACUCAAUCCAGAAAUGCGUGCAAACACUUUCCGACACAUCAGCGCACGAUGCAGAAAUGGAGCGGUUGGACAUUGAUCGGGCGACAAAGAUUGAAGAGAUAAAGAGGAAGCAUGAGGAAACCGCCAAAGAACUAGAGGCGCAACGAGAGAAGGAACGCGUUGAAAUUGAGGAGAGAAUCAAGAGGGAAGAGGAGGAAUUGAUGGAGAGACGAAGACGGGAAGACGAAGAGCGUAGGGCGAGAAUUCAAGCCGACGAAGAACACCGAUUACAGUUGAAGAGGGACAUCGAUGAUAAUAUGAGGGCCGACUUGGAGCAGACCCAGCUGAAAUUGCAUCAAGAAGCUGAAGCGCAAAUGGAGCUGAUGGAGGAUGAGAUGGAAAGGCGAGUGGAGGAGGGCAAGAAGAAAUUAGUGGAGUUGGAUGAGAAGAGAAGGGUUCGUAUAUCGCAGUUUGUUCCCAUGGAGAUAGUACUAACAAAUCAAAAGGCCAUCAACGCACAAAUUGAAUUAGCACUUAAUAAACCUACUGUUCUCCCAGUCAUCACAUACCGAAGCAGGGCCAAAACGCGUGGUUCUCCGCGAGCCUCUCCUGUCACUGCGAACUUUGCGCAUCGGGGGAGUAUGUCAACAAACGGGGCUCGUCCGAACGGUGAUGGAUAUUCUGCAAGGUCACUGAGUAUUUCUAAUGGGACUGACAAAAAUGAGAAUGGCACCAACAACAGAAAAAUGGACAGUGCACAAGUGAGUGCGGCGGCACCCAAGGUGCAAAAUAAUGCUGAAAAUGCCCCAACAGCCCGACCUGUGAAGGAUGACGAUUUUUCUUCUUCUGUGGCAGAACCCGAGGUAGAAGUUGCGUCCAAAGAAAUCGAAGCACCAACCGGGGACAAGGGCAUCGAUGCUGGAGAUGACAAAGUGAGCACAGGGCAUGACUUGGAAAAGGAGGUACCCGAGAAAGCCAAGAGAGACGUUUCUUUGCCGAGAGAGAAAUCCGAUGAGGAAACACACGCUGGUUCAGAAAAAGAGAUUGAGCAAAAGGAAGCAACACUACAUCAUGUUGAGAAAGAUAAUGCAAUAAGUAAUUUGGUUGACCGAGACGAGGUUUCUCGAGAUGACGCGCCCGAGAUGCACAUGGCAGCAAAGAGAUUGUCUUCGCCGAUUCAUGGGAAGAACAUCAACGAGGCAGAAAAACCAGAGCACCAUGAAGCGAGAAGAUCACAGCCGGAAAUCCGUUACGUCGAAGGACUUCAGAGUGAGGAGCACCAUGAGCAAAAGGCUACGAGCUUGGAUACAACGCACCACGAUACUCCACACGCAGAGAACUUUGGAUUUUCCAGAAAGGCUCUAGACAAAGGUGGGUUUGAGACCGCAAGCGAGAAACAACAUGAGGAUACAGCAGGUGAUGAUGAAUCGCUGGCUCAGCAUGGUGCACCUUCGAUCACUACAACAUCGCAUCUAAAUGAUUCUUUCGACAAGGAAUCAUCACACGACAUCACUAAAAAUGACAAGAUUAUGGGGUCUGAUUCCCCAAUUACAGAUGCUCGCGAUUCUGAUGCAAAUCAUGUUUCUGCUACAACACUCAACGACAUUGAACACUCUUCAACCAACGACAAAAACAUUUCAGCAAAGUCAAUCGAGGAAAGAAUCCCGCAAAUGGAAACCAAAACAAACAGCAAUUUCGAGACAGUACCAGAACCUUCCAGCCAAGUAACGGAACAAAAUGAUUCUACGCAUCAUGAACUCAAUGAAGCAGCUUCAGUACACGAGGAGCAUUCAAGAGAGUCCCAAACCCAGGAAAAGAACUCGGCCAAUUCGGGAAGUCACCAAGAAACUGGUUCCCAAGAUGAGCAAUCAACCAGCAUCAAGCCCCUAGAUACCGAAGAACCCAAACGUUCCAACAGCGAGGAAAACGAGCACGUGACUUCAAAAUCUCUUGACUUUGAAGAACAAAUUCCCACAGAACGAAAGCUGGAUGAUGUCGAAGAUGAAGAGCUGCCAGCUGAUUGGAUGCCAAGAAACCUAGACGAGUCACCUGUCAACAAGGAAGUUUCAGUCAACACCCCCCAUGAAAACACACCCCAUGCUCAAAUGGUAGAAGCAUUUAGUGGAGUUUUGGAAGGGGACAACGAGCAGCCAGCAUCUCGCGAUGCUCAUUUUGAGGAUGAGAUCAAGAGUAAGAAUCUCGAUGCUGUGUCUGAGCCUACACCUGUUGCAACCUCUUCUCAUCACGAAAAGCAAGGAUCCAAGGACGAAGACGAAGCUGAGAUUCAUGUUAAGAACCUUGAUUCUAUGCCCGUGCAAGAGGGCGAAUUCAAGAAGGAUGAUCUGGACUCUCACAUGGAGAUCAAGAACCUUGAUGCUCCAGCAGAAUCUAUCGAAAGCUCGCAUCACCAAGAAAAGAGCGAUUCUAAGAACAGCGUGGAGAUUCCGAAUGACAAAGUGGAAUUUGAGUUCAAAGGCAAGAGCCUUGAUGUUUCGCAUGAUGUUGCUCAUGACUCUCAUCAUGGAGGGGACCUCAAAGACGAGGAUUCUGAACCUGAGAUCCAAGUCAAAGAUCUUGAUGCUCGUUCCGAACAAAGAGAGGGUUCCAAGGACGAAGGGUUCGAUAGCGAGAUUCAAAUCAAGAACCUUGAUGAGCCUCGUAGCCCUCUUGAGAACUCUCAUCACCCUGCAUUGGAGGCACACAAGGAUGAACAGGAGACCGAAAUCAAGAAUCUCGAUGUUUUGCCAGAGUUUACCGAGAGGUCUCACCAGAAAGAGCUCAAUGAGUCGGAUACAGAGAUUGAAAUCAAAGAUCUUGACUCUCUCCCAGCACGCGCUGAGAACUUGCAUCAGAAUGACGAAAAAGUAUCGGAUGACAAAAAGCCAGAUUGGGAACUCCAUGAAGCUAACUAUGACAAUCUCCAUGAACCAAUUGGUCAAUCUCAUCAUGAUGAAGAGGAGCAAUCUAAGGAGGACUCAGAAGCCGACAUUGAGAUCAAGAAUCUGGAUGCUCACCCUAAGCCUGAAAUAGCCCACAUCUCCCAUCAAAAGGAAGAAAAGAAUUCUCAUGACAAAGAACAUGAUUCAAACAUUGAUGCCCGCAACCUCGAUGAUGAGAUUGAAAUCAAGAAUCUUGAUGCUUCGCCUGAAUCUUCCAGGGUCCCACAUCACGAUGAUGACAAGACUUCGCGGCAUGAGGAGGAAGACUUUGAAAUCCAACCUCGCAAUCUGGAUCUCGCCUCAUCACACUCGCACAGCGCAAGUGAAGAACAGAGGGAGCCGGAACUACACACUAGGGAUCUUGACAGUUUCCAGGAGCAGAUUCCUGCCCAUGAAGAACAUCAUGCAAGUCAAUCCACAAAGGAUGGAACAAACACUCCCAAGCACGAUGAGGAUGAUUUCGAUAUCCAACCUCGUAAUCUUGAUCUGGAUUCUCACAACAAAAAUCGAAAUGAGGCAGAGCUCGAGAUACACCAGCCAAAGGACUUGGAGACCCUCCAAGAAAAUGUCCCUGCCCAUGAAAGACAUCAUGAAAUUCAGCCUGAACAGGAUGGGGCAAGAAUACUGGAAGAUGAAGAGCACCAGGAGAUCCAAUCUCGCAACGUUGACGAAGUCUCGACACACUCUGCAACCCAGAAUGAUCAGGAUCAAGAAAUCCACCCUAAGGAUCUGCAUAAACUUCCAGAAGAGACUUCUGGUCACGAAAGCUCAAUUUAUGAAAGCCAACCACAGAGCCUCGAUCGGGAGACUGGACCAUCUCACCCCGAUGAAUCUGACCUUGACAUACAGCCAGAAGGCUCCUCUACAUACUCCGAAGGCGUCAAUGAACAUGAAGCAACUAGAGAAAGACAGCCCAAAGACUUGCACAAUACCCAGGAGUAUUUAUCGGCUCACGAAAUUGAAAGCCAGUCAAAGAGUCUCGAGCAGGAUGUCAGAUGUUUGCAUUCAGAGCAUAGUAAUACAGAGGUUGAGGCAAAAGACCUUGAUAGAAUCUCAUAUCAUUCUGGAAACGUCAACGAAUCUGAAUCAGGUGUAGAUAUGCAGCUCAGGGAUCUUGACAAUGUCGAAGAGCAACGCUCUACACACAAAGACCAUCAUGAAAGCGAGAGAAGGAGUUCCGAGCACGAAUACUCCCAUCCAGAGGCUGAAAUAGAACCCAGAAACCUCGAUGAUAUUCCCCAACAACUCGAGCACAUCAAUCGAGAUGCGCAAGAAACACACCUGCAGCCCAAAUAUCUUGAUAGUGUCCAGGAACACGAACCUGCCCACAGGGAGGAUCAUGAAAGCCAGGCUAAGAGUCACGGCUUGGACACUUCACCAUGCCAUCAACAAGAAGUAGAGCCAAGAAACCUUGAUGAAUCUCCAGCCCAUGAGGAUAUCGAUUUCGCACCCAGAAAUCUAGAUGCCGGACAGAGGAGUUCAGAGACUGAUCAUGAGGAGACCAUUUUCGAGACUUGUCAAAAAGAUCUUGAUGAACAGCCACUACGAGUCCACAUACCCGUCCAUGAAAACCAUGAAGAACAUCAAGACAACAUUAGAGCCAAAGACCGGGCUUUUGAAGCGAACGAAUUAAUUGAGAAGCCUGACUUUCAGCCAACAGAUCUGGACAAAUCUGCAAUGCACUACAAGUCACCUGACCAUGAGAAGCAUGAUGAGCAUACAUUCGAGUCCAAACGCAAUGAUCUAGACCCGCCAACCGAUGAUUUGGAAACAAACACUUCCAAUCCUGAAGUAGAGCUACAGUCAAAACACAACAACGAGCUUCCAACGCAAGUCCAUUCCACCGCUCAUGAUGAUCGUGAACACCAUGGCUACCAUGGAGUUGAUAUUGCUUCAAGAGAUUUGGAUGCAGAGAGCAGUGCUUUAUAUUUCACUGAGCAAGUGUCAAGGGAGGACGAGGAUGCCAACAGCCACCAAUCUUCAAAGCCAGAAAUCCACCAAAAAGCUUAUGAAGAGAUGCAUGAGAGAAACUUCGAUGAUGUAUCUAUGUCUCAAUCCCGCCACGACAAUACAGAAAUUGAGAUCCAGCCAAAGAACCUCGAUGAGGCCCCGGCAUCUCUCGAGAGCUCCCACCAACUCGAUAGAAAUGAUUCUGACUCAGCAUCAGAAGAUGAAUUCCAACCAAGAGAUCUCGAUGAGUCAGAAUCCAGUCAAAAGGAGUCGCAAGACAUUAUUGAUCACAGUAGAGUAAGCGAACUCUCUGGCGCUGGAAAUGCCAUGACCACCAUUGAGAACUCUCCUCAGCAUGAACGAUCUGGCGUAAAUUCUCGUGGUAGCCAAUACUUGAAAGAAGGAUCGGUGAACGAGCACGAGCCAGUAAACCAUUUUGACUUCUCGGAGGAAGAAGACCAAGAGGAGCCAGCCAAGGGGCAAACCAAAGAAAGCCGUGAACAACCAGCUUCUUUCAAGGAUCAUGAGUCCGAGGAGAAGCAAGAGACAACAAAAUCUCUGAUGGGCGAAUCCAAAAUGGACAACGUAUCGACCAUUGACGCCCAAGAAAGUCACCAGGGAGCGCCUUAUUUCGAAACCACCGCUGCACCACAAGCCACUCCAACUCAAGCGGCAUUCACACAACCAGAAGCUGUAAUCGAGGUCAGAGAAGUGCAAUCUAAGGAGCAGUCGGAGGCUGAAGACAUUGAAGAACAAGCAUCAACACCUUCUGAGGUUAUUUCAGAAGAGCCAGAAGAGCCAUUGGUCCUCACCAAAUCCCAUACGUCCAACGAAUUUUUCGAGGGAGAUCAAUCGUCACGUGAUUUGAGUGAAAUUGUAGAAGAGUCGGAAGAGGAUUUAUCAAUCAACAAAUCUCAUGAGCUUUCACAGGGAUAUGGGGUCCAUGAGAAUACUGGCCUUGAUUCACAUGAUCAUGAUUCUCUCAAACAACACCAAGACCAUGAGUACGAUACAUCUCUUGCGGGCCAAUCAACUUCUCGUUUCCAAAAUGUGAUCACUCCAGACGACAACAUGUCUACUCGUUAUGAAGAGUCGGAUCUUGACACUCCUGUACAAACCAGGUUUACCACCCAUACCGCAUAUGACCGAGAGAGCUCCGCUCAACACUCGUCAGAUGACGAAUACUCUAGUGCAACUUCUCCUCAGGGAUAUCGUGGAAGGAAAGACAGUUCACUGUCAGAAAAAGACUUCUUUUCCAUGAUGUCGGGAGGCUCGACAAAACGAGUGCUGCCCGUUCAAAAUGACAGGCUUUCGGAGGAAGAAGAUUCCGAUCGUGAGAAUAACACUCCAGGCAAAAAGGAAGACGAUCAAGUGGCACACGAUGUGACGAAAUCAGAAGAGCCAACAACAGCCAGAAAUUUGGAUGUUUCGUCUGAAAGUGAGGGCAUUGAUCAUCACGCAAAAGACUUCAAUGAGGCUACCUACAACCAGCCAAACUCCCCCAUUGCAACUGAUCCCGAGAGCCACGUUCUACCUUCUACACAUAUCGAGAAAAGAUCGGCUAGCCACUACAAUGCUGAGGUGGACCACCCAGUUGUGAAGGAUAAAGCUGCCAUGUUCGAACCAAAAGAUCUCGACGAAGCUCCCGUGCAAACUAAGGACAUCGACCUAUCUCACGAAGAACCCCAAACCCAAGCAUCCUUCGCAGAACAUUUUGAUAAGGAACUAGAACCUAGAGACCUAGACAACAAAACGGAGAGCGCUAACGUCAAAGAGGACUCAUCUGAUUUGUCUGCUACCCACGGCGUAUCUUCUCACACUGAAUCCCACAAGGAGCAAACUUCCAGCUCACACGAGAUCGCUCCCACCGUGGAACCAAAAGAUCUUCCCAAGUCGAUGGAAACAUCGGUUUCAAAAGAAGGGUCAUCUGACUUAUCUGCUGCCAAAAAUGAGCUCGCUCACGUUGAAUCCCACAAUGAGCAGACUCCAAGUCCGCUCAAGCCCGAUUUCACCGCGGAAAAGAAAGAGACAAGCCACCAAGCAGAGGAGCCUUCCGUCGAAGAGGAGUCUCAUGUGGAAAUUCCAUCUCCGGACUUUGUAGCAAAAGACCUCGAUACCCCAACAAAAUCUACUGAACUCGAGCAUACGGCGGCCAAGGCCGAUGUCCACGAGAAGUCCUUGGACUUGGAAGACAUCAAAGACAACCAAUCAACACACAGUGGAGAAGUUGAUGAAUUUGCAUCCGUAGAGGGCCAUUCAAAAGAUUUCGAUGUUCAUCAAGAAAAGUCCUUGGAUCUGAAUAGUGUCGAGCACGAUGAACCAACGCAUAACAACAUUGUCACCUAUCAUGCAUCUAUCGAUGAACUUCCAAGCGCCUUUGAGUCAGUCCAGGAAAAGCCCAAGAGCUUGAAAGACACAAUAGACCAUCACUCAGCGCAUAGCAAAUUUGUCGAAGAGACCUCAUCUGCUGAGACAGCUCCAAAGGAUCUCCAUGCUGAUCGUGAGGCGGAGUUGGAUAUCAUUAAAGACGAUGCUUCGGUGCACAGUAAAGCCAUUGGUGAGACGAACUCCGCUGAGGUAUUCUCAAAAGACCUGGAUGAUGAUUUCGAAAAGCCUUCACACUCGGAAAACUUGGAGCACAGCGAACCAACACAUAGCAAAGCUAUCGGCGAGAGUCCAUCAGUAGAGACAGCAAAAGAGCUUGAUACUGUAAAAUUGCCAAGCGGACUCGACAACGUAGUUGAACAAGCACAAAUUUCAGAACAUCAAGCUGCUUCCAAAGAUAUUAAAGAUGAUCGCAUGCGAUCGGGCGAUGACCGCGACGAGAUUGUUUCAGCCAAGGAAGUGUCAAAAGAUCACGAUACUUCUUCACAAUCAAGUUAUCAUGAUGAAUCAAGGAAGGAGAUUGAGACGCACGAAGAACAUCCUGCCUCGCAAGGCAACAGCAUGGCAAAGGAGAUAUCUGAGAGCCCACUACAAUCACGAAAGAUUUCCGCAAAGGCUCUCGAUACUGAAUCGGACGUAGAUGAAGUUGAAAAGCACAGUUUCACGAAGGAUCACGAUGAGGUUCCAGAGCACGAGGAGUCUCCGGCACAAGUCAAAGCCCUCGAUCUAUCCACUGAAAAGGUUCCGACUGGAGAUGCCCACGAGGAAAGCAAGACCACCGAAGAGAAAAGCGCAACCCCAGCCUCAAGCAAAGACGUCCAAAGUCUUGAGGCAGCCAAGGAAAAAGAAACCCACACCCCAGAUCAAGCCGUCGCAUUCCCAAUUGUUCGCGCCGCUCUCCCAGUGACAUCAGAGCCAGUCUCUGAGAGCGACGAGACCAUCUCAGGAAGUGAGGCACCAAGUUUCGAAAAAGAUCGUUUCAACACUCUAUUAGAGAACCCCCAAGACAUAGACGCCGAAAGCCAGAACGAAGAGGACGACGAGUCGGGAGCAGACUCCGAUGAUGUGGAUGAUCCUUUUGCCCUUGAGGGUGCUAUUGGCCAGGAAGCGAACAAGUACCAUGAAGACACGGCCUCGUGGGUUGCCACAAGCCGUGGCCAAGAACCUGAUGGACAUGAACAUUUGUCAGAAAACGGCGAAGAUACUUCUCGCGAAGCCCAUGACGCUGCAGCUUCUUUGUUAGAUCUUUCUGCAGUGCCAAAGUCAAAGGAACGUCAUCAAGAGUUCUGGGAAGCUGGAAAUAGUGAUAUUCAUGAUUUCGGGACUCAGGGUAGUACCUUACCAGUCCAUGCCCUAAGCGAGAAUUCGAACGAACAUGGAAAUCUUUAUGAGGUUUCACAUGAAGAGCCAAAGAAGGAUUUCGAGUUACCUGUAACAACAGACAAUCUUUCCCCUCCUAUUCAUGAAGAAUAUAAGAGCGAAGAGUCAAACUCAAAAACGUCAACGCCAACACGAGAAGCGUCUCUUGAAUCCCCUCAUCACGCCUCUGAGUACGCGGGGCAAACACUGGACCCUGAAUUAGGCUCACGUACUGUUGAAGACACCGACAGCCUCUUUGAGGAUGAUGACGAGGAAAACUAUGAUUCACAAGAUGAAGAAUUCCCAACUCGUGCUGAGCACGGAUUUGCACACAACAGUCAAGAGCCCGAAUUCGACAUGUCUCAAGGCCCCCCAGCAAAUGUCCUGUCACCAAACUCUCAUUACUACGCAAGUAUGGCCGAAACCAUUCGACCAGAAAUCGAACACGUCAGACAAAUCAAUGCCAUUCCUGAAGACUCAGAGGAAGACCUUCAACAUCCCGCACAUGCCGGGUUUUCAUUCCAACCUUCUGAGGCCCCAAUAGCCGAAGAGGAUAGUUCCGACGAGGAGCGAUAUGAACAGGACAACCAAGUUCGGCGCGAGGAAAGCUUUGUGAGAGAAAGAAGUCAUACAGCUGAUACCGCCCCUUCAUUUGAAAUGUCCGGCCGAUCUGACGAAGAGGAUUCCCCUCCUGGAACCCCAAUCGACGAAAUCGCCAACACAGCGCAAGAAGCUCUCUGGAACGAACAACUCAUUUCGUCAUCCUGGCCUCAUAGACAAAGCCUCGAUCGACCAAGCCUCGAUCCACAGGAAUCCGAACCAGAUCUCAAGUCUCAAGCCUCGCCUACACCACUACAGGCCGAGUUCGAUCCAUACAACCCUUCACAAUACGAUUCCCGUAGGGCAAGUCUGACAUCAAUGACAGCGGAAACUCCCCGACUUCUUAACAGACAAAUCACUGUUGAGGAACCCAUGCAGAGUCCCUUCCAACCAGCCUCUCGGUUCGAGCAGGACAACCUCUCAGACUUCAAGAUCGGGUCCCUCGACGGCACCGCACCAAUAAUCAGCAACACCAUCUACCCAUAUAACCGACCCAUGUCUCGAUUCUCCAUGGAUCCAGCACCAUCAACAAGGAACUUCUCCCGUGGCUCAAUGGAUUCCGCCCGCAGUCGAGGGAACUCCAACCCCUCACCCGAAUCCUCAAGGCCAACUUCACGACCAACCUCACGUCCAACCUCGCAACAAGCCCCAGUUGACCCGCCCGCAGCCCCAAAAGAGCGCCCUAUGUCCAUCUUCCAAAAAACCCGCUCCCUCUUCGAGUCUUCCUCCAACGGAACACCCCUUCUACCAAGCAUGUCCAUCUUCCGCAGCGCGCACACCACGCCCAAAGCCGCGUCCCCAGCAGGAAUCCGUCGCGAACGCCCCGCAAGCAUGUACCACGACAACCUCCCACCCCCCAUCUCGCCCAAGCCCACGAAACUAAGUCAUGAAGAGAGCUCUUCUUCUUACGAUUACGACAGCGAAGAGGACGGAGACAUCGUCCCCAAAUCUCUCGAUCCGAUCCCAAAACCACCUUCUCCCGCCUUCUCGCUAGCGAGUCUAAAUUCCAAAGAGGGAAGUCGAGGGAGCCGAUCAGGAAGUCUGAGAAGCAGGGGAAGUCACGAGGAGAACCGACCACAAAGCAUGAUCGCCACCAAGACCCAAUUCUACGAUCCCCCAGCACAAAGUACAUCCAUCCCCCCACCCACCAACACCAACACCAACACAAAC